AUGGCUUCUUGCCUGGUUCCCGACUUCCCGGCCGUCAUGGUGGCUCUGGAGCAUUUAAAGGAGCUGGACAAACAGCUAAAAGAGGAGAGCGUACCUUUCUUACCUGAAGCCAGCAUCAACCUGAGGGAGAUAACGGCGGCGAUCACUGAACUGGAGGCUGACCGUCGUGCCUCUCAUGAACAUUUAGAGGUGGAAACCAUAGAAAACAGCAAGCUAAGACAAAAAAUUAACAAGAUAAGAGAAUGUAUGAGACAGGAAAUCGUGGCUGGUGUAGCAGCAGCCCGGGCAUCUAACGCUGAGGAGAUUGAGAAGCUGCACAAAGACCUCAAAUCAGUUUCCCAGCUGCAGGAAGUCACAGUGAAGAGGGAUGAAGUCCUCUUGAGCCAGAACAAAGCACUGCACCCAGAGCUAGAGCAAGUGAAGGCUUGGCACGAAGAGAUCAUAGCGGCUCAGAAUGAUCAAAUCACUUUAAAGUAUGGCCUGCAGAUGCAGCUGGAUCGAACACGUGAUUGGGUAGAGGAUAUGAAGUCCUGCAUCGCUGCUGUCGAACAGGAUACAAUAACACUGCAGCAGAAGACGGUGCUGGAGAGGGAGUCCUUCUCUGUGAGAAAAGACAAGUUGUCCAAAGAGGUGGACCAAGUUGAUGAGAAAAUUAAACAGCAGAAGCAGGUGGUCAAGAGGAGCAGAGUAGAGUCGGACGGACUUAAUGACAGGAAACAAAAAACCCACAAUGAUCUGGGAGAGCUCACGAUGGACCUGGGCAAGCUAGAGAGCAACUUACGAAGACUGGAAGCCUCUCGGUGCCAGAACGAGAAACGGCUGCAGGUGGACAGCCAAAAGCAUCAAGAGUUGAGGCAACAGAGAGAAACACUGAAGAAGGAGUUGCUUGAGUUAGGGGAAGCCUUUAGCAACACCAUCCAGGGUCUUAAAGAGGAAAUAUCCACGGUGGAAGGUACAACGGAGAAGGGUCGAGAAUCCAGAUUGCGCUGUCAAAACUCCCUGUCACAAAUCUUUGAGAUAUUCAAGUGUCAGCGCGAAGAAGAGAAUGAAGUGAGGGCCGAGCACUUCCACGUGUCGCAGCAGCUGGACAGAUCCAAGCUGCAGCUGGAGGAGCGCAUCGCCUCCGUGGUCAGACACGGCAAGGAGAUCAAAGAGAUGGACAAGCAGAUCAGAGAGCUCCUGGAAACGGACACGAUCACAAAGCGCGUGUUUGAGAGGAAUCAGGAAGAGCUGUGCGACAACAUGGAUACUGAGAAGAAGAACAUUGAACAUUACGAGGAGGAAAAGAGGCUGACGAUGAGGCUCAUGCAUGAGACGAAGACCAAGCAGGAGGAGCACGUGGCGAAGAUGACCUCUGACAUCAGCGACACCAGGAGGAGAUACCGGGAGCUUCGACAAGAGGAGGCAGCGCUCCACAAGCGUCACCCCAAGAGCACAAAUGCGGACUUGCUUAUGAGCCACAUGACGCAAUGUGAGGUGGAGUUCAGACAAAAAGAGACUACAUGCCAUGAGGAAAUAGAGCAGUGCCUCAUGGAGGUAGCAACUAUCACCAUUAGCCAUGAAGAGAAGCAGAGGGAACUGAAGGAGAACGAGGACAUGUUGAACGACGUGGCGGCAAAGUGGAAUGAAGAGCAACCCAGGCACCAGAGGCUGAAGACACUGACCUCCGAGCUGAGGAGGAAGAGGAGCGAGCUGGAGCUGACAAUCCAGUCGCUGAAAGAGGAAACUGGGUCUCUGCUGCAGCCUAAAGAGGAGAUGAAGGCCGAGCUGGAGGCGAUGAGAAAAAGCUCCAUGGACGUGCUCGAAACACAGGCCUCAGAGAUGAGAGCUGUGGAGAUAAGCGUCUACAACAAUAGCGUGAAACUGGAGCAGGUCAGCACGGAGAACAGCCGGCUGCACCUCGCUAUCCAGCAGAUGACGGAGGAUGUCACCAGAGUCAGGGAGGACAAAGAGCGAUACUGGCAGGAGGUUCAGCAGUUCGAGCGGAACACAAAGACCUUGUUUGAGAGCUUACAGGACGCAUGGAGAGUGGAUUUACAGACGACCCAGGACUGUCAGAACGGCGACAGUGUUCUGCUGGAGUCCAUAAGCGGCGUGUUGAACCACCUGAAGACCAGGAGACAACAGUUAGGCACCAUCAGCACACGCCUACAUUGUGUCAUGUUGGACUUCAGCAAGCGGCUGGGGGAUCAAUCUACUGUAGAACAGCAGAGCUAG